GAAACUUAACAAUCGCGGCGCGAAGAUGUUCCAGCAUUGAAACGCGUUUGGCAACAUAAGAAACCAAAAAAAUAAAUAAAUUAGGCACUGGGGGUGAUAUAAAAAAAAAAAAUUAAUUAUAAAACCAUACGUUGGUAAAAUGACAAAUUAAUUAAGUGGAAAUUAUUGAAGAGAUGUUAAAAUUAAAAAAGAAAUAUAUUGCAAAAAAAAGUUAUUUAUAUCAUUCAUAAAAUUAGAAAUUUGUUUACAAACAAAAUAUCCACCAGGUUCGAUUAGUUUCGCCUAUCAACAAAUUAAAAAUGCCAAACCUUUACUCGCCCUAACUACAAUAAAUCGUGUUUGUCUGCUGCUGGAGUGGUCGAAACCAUUAAAGCCAACCAAACUAGUCCCAAAAAUUUGGAAAUCAAAAACCACUUUGUGCAAAAAGAAAAAAAAGAUAAAAGUGAAUAAUGUGGCUAGAAAAGCAAUUUAAGAUUUGAACUAAUAAAAAGAAAGCGUACCUACACAUAUUAAAAAAAAAAUAGAAAGAAAAUGACAAAAUACCAAAGUACUCACACAAGUGCCCCAUAUUAAACUCACUUAAUUAUAAGCCAACCAAAAACGGCAGAUCACCGCCAUCUAAUACAAGUACCGCAAUCCACCAACAACACGCACAUUGACCGCUGUGUUUUGUCCACAUCAAUUCCAGUAUGGAGGCGAACAAAUCAAACGGUCUUAAAAAUGGUUCGGUUAAUGAUCGUCCAUUGUUCAUGCAAAAUGGGAAUCGACGCUUUUCGAUAAGCGCUGGCGAUACACAGGAAAUCAGCAAUUUUCGUCGAGCGUUGCCACAGUUUUUAGCUGUUAGUGUAAAAAAUAUUUUACUUUUUGUGUAUGGCAUGACCUUGGGAUUUCCCACCAUUGUUAUACCCGCUAUACAAGGAGGUGAGGGCCGUGAGCCCAGUGAUAUAGUCUUAAAUAAGGAUCAAAUAUCAUGGUUUAGUUCCAUUAAUUUAAUUUGUGUUCCUUUGGGAUGUCUGUUUUCGGGAAUGCUAACCCAGCCCAUUGGCAAGAGAAGAGCUAUGCAGUUCGUUAAUUUACCUAUACUCGCAUCUUGGCUGCUGUUCCAUUUUUCCACACGAACCGAACAUCUAUAUGCAGCUCUCUGUUUAAGUGGCCUUGGAGGUGGUCUCAUGGAAGCGCCGGUCCUCACAUAUGUUGCUGAAAUAACAGAACCUAAAUAUCGUGGCAUAUUAUCGGCAUUGGGCUCCACCUGUGUGAUAACUGGUGUCUUCAUACAAUUUAUUAUGGGCUCCUUAAUGGAUUGGCGCACCAUUGCAGCAGUGAGUUCAGCUUUUCCGGUCAUCUCAAUAAUUUCCUUAUGCUUCAUACCAGAAUCCCCAACGUGGCUAAUACGGGAGGAACGCUUUAGGGAAGCAGUAAAGUCCUUGCAAUGGCUUAGAGGUUGGGUUCCCGAACACAAAAUCGAAGAAGAGUUUAAUCGCUUGUACAAUGAGCUCAUAACACAACCCGCCUUGGAGGAACAAGCCGAAAUGGCUGGAAAAAAGCCCGGCUUUUUCCAUCGUUUUCUGGUAUUCCGUAAGAGAUCCUUUUUGGUACCAUUUCUGUUAGUGGCAUUUACAUUUUUUGUGGGUCAUUUUUCGGGAAAAACUUCAUUACAAACAUAUGCGGUGCAGAUUUUUCACACUUUAAAGGCUCCAAUCAAUAAAUAUCAUGCCACCAUACUUUUGGGUAUGGCUGAAAUGGUGGCCACGAUACUUUGUGUCUUUCUUAUUCAUUUCACCGGCAAAAGACCUUUGGUUCUAGUGUCAACCAUUGGAGUUGGUAUCUGCCUGUUUGGAACUGCCACAUAUGCCCAUUAUCUAAAAGUGGUACCAGGUUUUGCAGUGAACAAUGUUGUGGUGAAUGCCUCAUCUAUUGUGCCAAAGGACAGCAUUAUAUCCCGAGAUAACAUAACUCAAAUCUUUGAAACGGAAGAAAAGGCAUUGCUUUUGAAAGCGCCAUUGAAAAUAAUGGAGGACUCUACAAUAGCAGCAGAUCCACCCUCAAACAGAUCAAGGAGACAAUUAGCUGUCGAGGAACAGACAACAACUUUGGAUCCCUACAACAUAGAACUCACUGAUUUGGAUACCCUCGAUUAUAACGAGGAGGGAAACUCAAAUUACAAUGAGACAACUCCAGCAAUAUUCGAUUUGGAAGAUUCCAAAGAAAAUUAUACGGAUACUACCACACUAGUGGUGGAGGUUAUGCAGGAAUCUUCAAGUGCUGCCACACCACAAAGUGGAGGAGAAGUCACCAAAGUAAGCAUCUCCAAUAAGGUAACAGAGGAUUUGUUGCUGACCGUGCCUAAACAGGAAAUUAAUAAUAUAGUAUGGGUUCCAUUAAUAUUGCUUCUGGGAGCAGCUUUCUUUGCCCACUUGGGAAUACGUAUGAUACCAUGGAUUUUAAUCGGUGAGGUAUUUCCUGCUACUGUGCGCAGCACUGCUUCGGGCCUUGUCAGCGGUUUAGGUUACAUCUUUGGAUUUUUGGCCAAUAAACUUUUUUUGCAAAUGUUAUCCGCACUCACAAUGCCAGGAACAUUUUGGUUUUACUCAGCGGUGGCCUUUACAGGGUGUAUAACAUUAUAUUUUACUCUGCCUGAAACUGAAGGAAGAACCUUGGGGGAAAUUGAAGCUCACUUUUCUAAAAAAUCCUCUACAAAUCUGUUGAGCAAAAAACAGCAGAAACUAGAAAAACAACAAAAGCAAGAAAGUUACCCAAGUCCUUUGCAGGUGGAACAUUUUGAAAAUCUUCAAAUCCCCAUAGGUCCCUAUACAGAGGCCAAAAUUAUACAAUUACAACAAAGUGAUUUUCUUCCUAAUCGCACAAUGCACGAUGGAGGCAUUUCGAAUAUGGGCUAUGAAGAGAACAAUACCACACAUCUGUAACGGUUCUGUCCGUUGUGUAUUUUUCCCGCCCUUUAAAUAUCUAAUUAAUUUAAGUAAUGUAACUAACGUAAGCCCAAGUGUUAUUUUACUGUUACGUCACAAUGUUACAAUACCCAUUCCACUUAUUAGAACUAAGUGUAUGUGAAAAAAGUAUUAUGAGCUGUGCACGCUUGAAGAUGAAGCAGAUGAAAAACUUGUGAAGGAAAUAAUUAUAAUAACUCACAUUACACAUUGAUUCGAGAUUUAAAUAAUCUUCCCGUAUGAAAAGUCCUUAAUAUUUUAUAAAUAAAAACACAUUUAUUAAGGUAUUAUUUGUGUUUUCUUUUAAGAAAUUUCUCAUAUAAUAUUUGUGUCGAAGAUUUAUUAUAAUAUAAUUAAAUGUAUUUAUAAUAUAAUAUAAUUAAAUUUAAUUCCCUUGUAUGAUAAUAAAUGUUAUAUAGAAUAUUCAAACAUUAAUGUAUGUGCACUUAAAAGAAUAUGCAUCACCAAUAAUUUGUUAAGUGCCAACAACAUUAAAUUAAAUUCUGGAAUAUUUAUUUGUUACUUCCACCGAUUGAAUGCAGAGUGUAAUGCUUCAAGUAAUUGUGAUUAUUAGGAACUCAUUCUAAAAAAUCUAAUAAAUAAAAAUAUUUUUUAUAUAAAAUA